AUGGAUCGUGGGUACUACCAAGGACAAGGAUAUCCCAAUUACAAUAAUAGUCAAUGGCAGAAUCAACAGCAGCAGCAACAGCAGAAUAAUGCGCAGUUCAACAAUGCUCAAUAUCAACAACCUCAAUACCCAUUCAAUUACAAUCAGCAGAAUAACGUGCAGUACCAAGGUCAGGAGAAUGCAUUCCCACACUAUAACCAGCAACCAAUCCCUCCAUAUCAGGUGAACUAUCCUCAACAGCAACCACAGCAGCAGCAUCAAUUUCAUCAGCCGGUGCCUCAAAACCAGUACUACAACCAAUAUCAAGAACCUCUGAAUCCAUACCCUCAACAAACCCCAUAUCAGUUUGAUUCUUCUUCAUCCCAGCCUUCAGUUCCAACUCAGCAGCCGUACCGGCUUCAACAACCUUUGAGUCAGCCCGUUCUUCCACCAAAUUAUCAUCAAUAUCAACAACAAUAUAGUAAUACAUCAUCACCUGCUCCACAAUUUGCUCCAACUUUCCAACAAUCAUCACCAUCAAGUGCUCCACAGCCUAUCCCAUAUACUGAACCUGAGGUGAUAGCAAUUCCUUCACCCUCUCCUCCUUAUGUCGCUCCUGUUCCUGCUCCUGUAGCACAACAGAGAGCGCCUAAUAUCAAACCCCAAGUACCACAGCAUGUCAAUACACCACCUAAACCACCUCAGAAUCAAACAGCUUCAAAGGUUCAGGCUCCAGUCUAUUCUCAGCCAAAACAUCAUCAACUUCCUCCACCAAAAGUUGAUCAAACUCCACGUCAAGAAAAGAGGAAAGCUGAAGAACAACUCACGCCUUUAAAAGCAACAGUCAACUCUAGUCAACAACCAACUCCCUCUUUCAAUGCGGCGCCUAUGGAACCAAAAUUACUGUCAUCCAGAGGUUUUAGUUUUGACUACAGUAAUGCCAAAGACAAUAAAUCAUCACCAGCUCAAACCAAAAAGUCACUUAAGGAUUCUUCACAGACCAAAGCUCCAUCACAAGCAGAAUUGGUUUCACUAUUGAAUAAUGAUAAAGUCAGGUCUCAGCAGUUAUUAGACCUUUCUGACCAAUUUUAUUCACAUGCUGUUUCACAAAUGAAGAACAUCAAAACAAAGAAAAAUUUACAAGAGUUUUAUACAUUGAUUCAACUUUCAAUUUCAUGUCUUGAGAAAAUAUUGGAGAUGAAGAAUAAAGUCAGUCUGGCGUUAAGAAUCAAGUGUCAUAAUAAGCUUGGUUUCAUUAAAAACAACAAUUGUAAUAUUGAUCAAGAUUCAAGUACUUUAGAACACCAUUAUGACCAAGUUAUAAUGUUGUGUGGGAAUAAUUUCGAGUUCAAACGUGAGAAGUGCUUAGCACAAGCUGGUAUUAUUAUCUCUUUGAUUGAUACUAAAAAAUAUAGGCAAGCUUUAAAAUUUGUCAAUGAGACAAUUGAAGAAUGGGGUUUAGAAAAUGCUUCUCUUUUGGUUUAUUUCAAAUUACAGAUACUUUUAUUGAGUGAACCAUCUCAAGCGUUGAAUUUUCUUCAAAAUUAUAUCUCUGAUAAUAAAACUACUAGUGGUAUUACAAGUUUUUUCAAAAUAAUUGAAAUUUGUUUGUCACUUUAUAGAGGAAUGAAACCAAUGUCAACUCUUGAAUCAAUAGAUAAUACAGAUUGGGCAGAUUCAAAAGAAACUUCAGAUAUUCUGCUUCUUUUCACAAAGAUAUUGGUACAGAUCAACCAUAGAGAUCUUGACUCCUCAGAAAAAUUGGAAUCAUUAUUCAAAACAGCUGCUGGUUCUAUAAAUGCUUUGGAUCCGGAGAAAACCUUUACAGUCAAUUUCCAAAUACCUGGUGGUGAUAUUUUACCUAUAGGUCUUGAGCCAAUCACUUGUGAAAAUUUGAAUAUAUUGACUUGUUUGCUAUAUGGAAUCACACUGCUAAAUUCAACUUAUGAGAAAAGAAAACCAUUGAAAUUAUUUGAUAGGGCACUAGGUAUGAUUGAUUCUGCACUGUUUCAAAUUAAUGACCACCAAAAAUCAACAACGUCUAUCAGCAAUCGAGUUUUAAAGCUCAACUAUUUGAAGAACUUGACCAUUUUUUAUAAAUUGAUGGAAAGUUUUAUUAUGGAACCAUAUAGUUCCACGCUGGUUAAAGAAUAUGAAAAAUCAACGGCUUCAAUUCCUAAAUAUUUGCAAGAAUCUGGUCAACUAAGAACUUUAUUCGUAUUAGGUUUGCAAGCUCAAUUAAAUAGUGACUUAUCAAGAGCUAAGAAUUAUUACAAUGAGCUGUUGAGAAAACAUGAACAAGGUGAAAACUUAAAAAAUGCUUCUCCUGAUCACGCUGGGAUUGGUAAUGAUCAUUUUGCUCCAAAGACUAUUUAUUCAGAGCUCUACAUCCUCUCCUGUUUGAAUCUGUUAUUGAUUAUUGAAUCAAAUUUACAUUAUUUUACAAGAACAGGAAAAACUAAUAAAGUUGUUGAAUCAUCAAAUGAGAGGAAAGAAAUACUUGUGAAGUUGGAAAACAUUACAAAAGCAAAGAAUAAUUCAAUCAAAGAAAAAUAUUUGAUUGAUACUACAAUCUCAUUUCUUCAUCUUGUUUAUAACUAUGAUAAUUUAUCAAUUCUUGAUAUCAAUGUGAAAGUUUCAGAAAUCUUGAAUAAUUUUGAAGCAUUAAAGAGAUUCCCAUUAUUAUGUUCAAUAUUGUUAUAUAUUAAAUCAGAUUCAUUGAAUAGUAAUUCUGAUCAGAAACAAAAAUCAUCACAAGUUUCAUUCAAUUUAGCCAAGUUGGGUUAUUCGCCAAUGAUUAGAUAUUUAUCAGGUAUUUUGAAUGGUAAGAAUGCCACAAUUGCAAGAAACUUACAACAAGCUGAAAUCCAAUCUCAAAAAUUGAAAAAGAUUAAAAAGGGAUUUAGCCAUCGUUAUGACAAGAUACAUGAUUGA